CUCAAAUUGCAUUUUCCUUUCCCUUCUAUAUCUCUCGAGAUGGGAAACUCCAUGCGUUAUUUUGCAACUUUCUUCCUAGUAGCAAUGAUGUUUUUGGCCACUGAGAUGGGACCAAUGAGUAGUGCAGAGGCAAGGAUUUGCGAGUCACAGAGCCAAAGUUUCAAGGGGGCAUGUGUUAGCGAUACCAAUUGUGCCUCCGUUUGCCAUUCCGAAGGCUUCAUCGGAGGCAAAUGUCGUGGACUUCGACGCCGUUGCUUUUGCACCAAAAAUUGUUAGAAGAAAGUUUCUAAAUGAUCUUUAAUUUCCUUGUCGCUGUAAUCGUUUCCUUGUUAAAGCAUCCAUGAUAAAUAAUGAUGUUAUAUCAAUAAAAUCAUAGGUCAUGAGUGACACCUGAAGAGUUUUCACA